AUGGGAAUAAGAGUCAUUGUAUACCUCGACGAUUUCCUCAUAGCCAGCCAGCAGGAGAACAGCUUAAUAGAAGACACAGCACGCGCCAUAGGUUUCCUAGAAGAGCUGGGAUGGAUAAUAAACAAGAAGAAGUCUUUAAGCCCACCCACUCAUUGCCUUGAAUACUUGGGAAUAAUGUGGGAUACAAAAAGAAACAGAGCCUCUUUGCCAGACAAAAAGAAGGUCGAUUUGAGAAGGAUUCUUGUGAAGAUAACAAAGUCACGAACCUGGAAUUGGAUCACGGGAAAGCGUCUCGUCGGAAAGCUGAACUUUGCUUCGUUCACGGUACCCCUGGGAAGACUACACACAAGACAUCUUCAACGCGCAGCCAAUUGUCUUCCUCAACAUCAGAAGACUCGGAAAUAUCUACUGCCGACAGAAGCUCUACAAGAGUGCUUUUGGUGGCUCAAGAAUCUUCAGAAUGGAAGAGAAAUUUUUACACGUCAGGAGACAAUAUUCAUCACAACAGAUGCUUCAGAAAAGGGCUGGGGUGCUCAAGUCAACGGGUUGCUGUUCAGCGGGCUAUGGACAGAAUACCAAAUUGCAUGGCAUAUAAACCGCAAAGAGCUAUUUGCAGUAUAUCAGGCAUUCCAGAGAGCGCUACCUCAUCUACAGGACCGACGAGUAAUUAUUCAGUCAGACAACAAGACUGUUGUUUCUUACAUACGAAAUCAGGGGGGAACCCGAUCCAGUAUCUUGACAGACCUAGUAGCGAAUAUUCUAGAGCUUGCUUACAAGAACAGAAUAGAGACAUUUGCUCACUACAUUCCGGGUAUUUACAACGAGAUUGUCGACAGCCUAUCACGUCAGAAAUCGCUUGCAGACUGGCACCUAUCAGAUCAAGUGACAAGCUUACUGUUCAAGAAGUGGGGAACCCCCCAAAUAGACCUAUUUGCAACCCCUCUCUCAAGAGUUGUUCCAAUUUAUGUGGCCCGGGACGCGAGGGACAAAGGUGCGGCUUUCAUAGAUGCUUUCAGCAGGACAUGGGACUUCGAUCUAGCCUGGAUGCUCGAAACUUACGCUUGGAGGCUUGGAGGGUACGGGGUGGACCCGUAUAACAGCUACAUGGCCCAAAGAGGACGUCGAGUUAUUAGAAAGUUCAUGGAGGAAAUCUUCUUUGAAGACUUACGCUGCCCCUUGGAAGACAUGGGUAACGAGAUGUAG